AUGGAUGUCGUAGUCUGGUCCCUCUUCUCAAUCGGACAAAGGCAGAGGACCAGAGUCCUUAUUCCUCCUUCGUGUGUUGCUGACCGAUUGAAUCAGACGAAGAAAGAAGACGAUGACGGUUUCAAGAUGAACAGAACACAAGCCUUAGCACCGACCACGCCAUCUCUCGACCCUCCUGGCUCCAUCAAACGACCCUCAGGUGAGCUUCAGCUUCAGAGGGUUAGGGUUUCGCUGCCAGAGCUUCGAUCUGGUGGCGUUCAUAUUUUCUGUCGGUGGUGUUCAUCUUUUCUGCCUGUGGUGUUCACGAUUUCCGGCGAGAGUAAAGCCUGGCUUUGCACCGUAUGCCUCCAUCUCCUUCGACUCCCAUCUCUGCAAAGCCUCUUCCUCGCUGACAUUUUACCGCCGGCUACAAUUAUACCCUCAAUCGAUCGUCAGGCUAUCCAUCAUCUAUCAGCAAUCUCGCCCAAAACUCCAACAUCAAUCUUCCAGUUUUUCGAUCUGCCAAGAUCGACCUUCAGGCUCGCCAUCGAUCUUCAAGCUCUAACCCUUGCAAUUAUCAGUCUUCCAAUUUCUCGGUUUUAUUGUUGGCGUUAUUGUCAUUUUCACAGGGUUAACUAA